AUGGCCUCGGGCCAUUUCUUUUGGGCCAUAUUUUACUUCGCUUGCCUGUGCAGUGCAUCACUUGCCAACAAUGCCAAAGUUAACUUUCGCGAGAAGGAAAAGAAGAUUCUAGAUCAAAUUCUGGGCGCCGGCAAGUACGACGCACGCAUCCGACCGUCGGGCAUCAACGGAACCGACGAUAAGGCCACACAGGUGUACGUCAACAUGUUCCUAAGAUCGAUCUCAAAAAUCGACGAUUACAAAAUGGAGUACAGUGUACAGCUCACGUUCCGAGAACAGUGGCUGGACGAACGAUUAAAGUUCGAUGACAUCGGAGGCCGCUUAAAGUACCUUACACUGACCGAAGCAAACCGUGUGUGGAUGCCUGACUUGUUCUUCUCGAACGAGAAGGAAGGUCACUUCCACAACAUCAUUAUGCCGAACGUCUAUAUCCGUAUCUUCCCGUACGGAUCGGUACUAUAUAGCAUACGUAUUUCACUCACGUUGGCCUGCCCGAUGAAUCUCAAGCUGUACCCACUGGAUCGUCAGGUGUGCUCGCUGCGUAUGGCAAGUUAUGGUUGGACGACGGCCGAUCUAGUGUUUCUGUGGAAGGAGGGCGAUCCUGUGCAGGUGGUGAAGAAUCUGCAUCUGCCCCGGUUCACGCUGGAGAAGUUCUUGACCGAUUACUGCAACAGCAAGACGAACACCGGUGAAUACAGUUGCCUGAAGGUGGAUCUGCUGUUCAAGCGCGAGUUCUCGUACUAUCUGAUCCAGAUCUACAUCCCCUGCUGCAUGUUGGUCAUCGUGUCCUGGGUCUCGUUCUGGCUCGAUCAGGGCGCGGUACCGGCCCGGGUAUCGCUCGGCGUUACCACACUGCUAACGAUGGCGACGCAAACGUCGGGCAUCAACGCAUCGCUACCGCCCGUCUCCUACACGAAAGCCAUCGACGUGUGGACCGGCGUCUGUUUGACGUUCGUGUUCGGGGCACUGCUCGAGUUUGCCCUGGUCAACUACGCGUCCCGUUCAGCGGAUAGGGCAGCAGACAUGCACCGAGAGAAUAUGAAGAAAAAGCGCCGCGAAAUGGAACAGGCCAGCCUGGAUGCGGCCUCGGAUCUGCUGGACACCGACAGUAACGCCACCUUUGCGAUGAAACCGCUGGUGCGCCACCCCGGUGAUCCGCUCGCACUGGAGAAGCUUCGCCAAUGCGAAGUGCACAUGCAGGCCCCGAAGCGGCCAAACUGCUGCCGUAGCUGGCUGUCAAAGUUCCCAACCAGCCCCUUCAAAAAGGUGCCGUGUCUGGGACGAGGACAAUGCUCGCGCUCGAAGCGCAUCGACGUUAUCUCCCGGAUAACGUUCCCGCUGGUGUUUGCCCUGUUCAACCUGGUCUACUGGAGCACCUAUCUCUUCCGCGAAGAGGAGGAGGACUAA